AUGAGCGGUUCCAGCGACAACAGAUGGCGGGGUGGACCCAGUCGCCAGGCAUCGCAGCGCAACUCGAACAGCCGUGAUAAAUCAGGAGGACAGGGAAGCGCACGUGAUAACAAUGGUGCUUGGGGUGCAUCUAACCCACCGCAGGAACAGCAUGUCCCUGUACGGGGCUUCAACAACGCAGAGGUUAAGAACGUUCUGAAAGAAACCAAGCUGUCGAUGCCCUACAAAUCUCAGUCUAAAGACGGUCCUGCCCAACGAUCUACUGCCUGGGGCUCCAAGGGUACAGUCUUUCUUCGAUCACCGCAUGCCCUUGAACACAUAAUAACCAUAUUUACAGCCCAAAAUAUGGCAAAUGGGAAAGACUUCUUCCUGGAGCUUCGAAAACAGGUUGCUUCGCUGCAGCGAAGCGGUCCCCCUGUCGGCGGCUAA